AUGGAAGUCGUCUCCAACGGCCCACCCAAUGGUCCCUUGUCCGCAAAGCUCUCGACAACGGCCAGCAGCGCGCAGGCGGGGGUUGGCAUCGUAUUCCAGCCCACUGACGAUGGGACGCUGUUCGUGAAGCGCUUUCUCGAGGGAUCUCCUGCAGAAAGGAGCGGUCUCAUCCAUCCGGGAGACUGCUUAUGCGAGGUGAAUGGCAAGGAUGUUUUCAGACAGCCCAUGGACUACGUCAAGUCGCUGCUGAUGGGUCCUCCAGGCACGACAGUCCGUCUCGGAGAAGAGCUAGUGGGCGUCGGCAUCAUCUUCCGCAGCGAUGCGACUGGCUCCCUGUUUGUGCGGCAGCUUCAGACCGGAGGCCCAGCUGAGCUUUCGCGGGAGAUCGAAGUUGGCGACUGCAUCGUAGAGGUCAACGGAGUCGAUGUCUUCCGCAAACCCAUCUCAACCUUCACCAAGCUGAUCCUGGGAGCCCCAGGGACUAUCGUGACGUUGGGGUUCAAGCGAGGAGACUCGCUGAUGAUCAAGAGAGUUUCUCUACGGAGAAGUCUGCCCCAGGGCUCGCGUAAGAAUGCAAUGGAUCAGGAUGAGAUAGCAGUGGUCCAGGAGACGAACAUCAAGCUGAGGCAGGCUGUGGAGGAGGCCAAGGCAGAGCACGUAAAGCUCAAAACAUCUUGA